GACUAUCCCUAGGAUAAAAAUACACGCGGAUCAUCACUUUCUAUCUUUUAGAAUUUCUUUCGUGUGCUCCUCAAACAAUGGGACAACAGGAAUUUCAAGCGGUUGUACUGGCAGCAGGAAAGGGAACCAGGCUGCCGGAAAUCUUGGAAGGUCGACCCAAAUGUCUGCUGCCGAUCGGGCCAUAUCCAAUGAUUUGGUACCCAUUGCAGCUUCUUCAACGACAUGGCUUCAACGAGGUGCUAGUGAUAGUGCAAGAGUCGGAAAAGUCCGAAAUACAGCAACGAAUGGAUCGGUUGCAGUUAAAACUUAAGCUUGAUUACUACUGCAUCCCAACGGACUCGGAGUGCGGAACAGCUGAUUCUUUGAGGCUUGUUUCUGAUAAACUCAAGGCUGAUGUGGUGGUAUUGUCCUGUGACACCGUGGUGGAAGCUAAUCUGUAUCACUUGUUAUCCAAGUUCCGCGAACGGGAUGCUUCAAUACAGCUUUUGUUUGUAGAAGGUGGUCAGGAUCAAGAUGUAACUAUUCCAGGACCGAAAUCGAAGUACAAAGCCGAGAAAGAUCUGAUCGGGUAUGACCAGGCAACCAGCAAAGUGCUGUUCAUGGCUUCCGCAAGUGAUUUUGAGGAAACGGUGAAAUUACCCGGUCAUUUGCUUCGAGAAAAUCCAGAAAUGACCAUUUCCUCCAGUCUUCUUGAUGCCCACAUUUACAUAAUGAAAAAAUGGGUUGUAGAAUACCUCACCGUGAGUGAUUCACUAUCUGCGGUAAAAGGAGAGCUGUUACCGCAUAUUAUAAAGAAGCAGAUGCUGCAGCCGCCCGCCAUUCCGGAAGGAGAAGGAGUAUCCGAGUUCAAUGUGAAUGGAAAAACGGAUGAAAUUUUUAAGGUAUUUUUUUAUUUGUUUCUACCUAAAAUGUCAGUAUACAUUACAAAGCAUACUAUUUCUCCUUUACAGUUUGCGGUACACACUGAGCUUGAUACGAAAAUCCAUAAGGCUUCAAAUUACAACAAGCAAAAAUUAUCCCAUCCCAUCCGGUGCUAUGCACAUUUUGCUGACGCAAACACCUUUGGACUGAGAGUUAAUAACGUUCGUUCAUUUCUUUCCUGUAAUUUGAAGAUCUUCGAACGCUUUCCUGCCUUGACUGGUUUGACCGAGCGAGAACUGGUCUCGCAAACGAGUUCGAUUAAAUCGACACAGAUUUCGAAAUGUGCGGUUGGCGACAUGACUACAAUCAGUGAAAAAACCUCACUCAACACGAACGUAGUUGCGAACGGUUGUUCGAUCCAACCGAAAACUCGUAUCAAUAAUAGCGUUCUAAUGGAUGGCGUCACGGUGGAAGAGAGUGUAAUCAUCGACAAUUGCAUCAUCGGAGAAAAGGCGGUAGUGAAGAGUGGAUCGGUUCUGAAGAAUUGUCUGGUCGGUCCACACUUUAUCGUCGGUGCCAACACAAAGAAGGAAAAUGUGUAUCUAUCUAAUGCCGAUGGUUUUAUGACAAUUGAUUAG